AUGGCGGAGAAAAAAGUUGGCUAUACCGGUUUAACUGAUUCUAGCACAAAAUCCAUUUUAAACCAGGAAUCCGAAAAUCAAAAUGAGAACUCUGCGAGCCCCGCGCCAGUAUUCAGGCAGGACCUUCGGAGCGUCCUUGCUACUAGUGUUUUAAACGUAGAGAUGCUCGACGUAAACUUGUACAGAGGGACACAUCACUGGGUGCCCCGAACUCAGCGUUUAUUUGGGGGACAAAUCAUUGGUCAAGCCCUUGUUGCUGCAGCCAAAUCCGUCAGUGAUAAUCUUUAUGUCCAUUCUCUACACUGCUACUUUGUACGAGCAGGAGAUCCGAAGGUUCCAGUGUUGUAUCACGUAGAACGCACAAGAGAUGGCCACAGUUUUACAGUGCGUUUUGUGAAGGCAGUACAGCAUGGUCAACCUAUCCUGAUCUGCCAAGCUUCCUUCCAGAAGUUGGAACCAAGCCCACUGCAACACCAGUUCACAAUGCCAGUUGUCCCUAAGCCUGAAGAGCUCCUUACAAUAGAGGAACUCAUCCAUCUUUAUCUCAGUAAACCAGGACUGGCUGAAAAUUUAAAACAAGCCCUUACUAAACUGCUGGCAAUUGAUGUCCCAAUUGAGAUUAAGCCAGUUAACCCUCCACAGUUUUACAACGUUGCCACAGAAGAGGCAAAGAAACUGUAUUGGGUGCGAGCCAAAGGUUACAUCGGUGAAGGCAACAUGAAGUUGCAUUGCUGCGUGGCUGCCUAUGUGUCAGAUUUCACUUUUCUGGCUACUGCUAUACUGCCUUACCCCAACUAUAGGGUCAAGUUCUCAGCCUCCCUUGAUCACGCCAUGUGGUUCCACAACACUUUCCGCAGUGAUGAAUGGAUGUUGUAUGAGUGUGAGAGUCCAUGGGCAGGGGGCAGUAGAGGACUGGUUCAAGGCAGACUAUGGAGAAGAGAUGGGGUGCUAGCUGCCUCGUGUUCACAGGAAGGUGUCCUGAGAGUGAAAGUAGUUCCUGAGCCCAGCAAGCUUUAG